AUGUCUACCUAUAUCCAAAACAAGCUCGCCUCAGGCUCCAAGCUACACAUCUUCGUAACAGGGGCCAGCGGCUACGUCGGGCGGCACUUCACCAAGCUAGCCAUCGCAUCCGGACACACGGUGCACGGCCUCUCGCGGUCGAGCAACGGGGACGAGAUCCUCAAGUCGCUCGGCGCGACGCCCAUCCGGGGGGACUUGUCGAAGCACGAGCUGCUGAAGGCGGAGGCAUCCAAGGCCGACGCCGUGGUGCACCUGGCGUGGAACCACGACUUCAGCCUUGACAUGAACAAGGUGGCGGACGACGACAUCGCGGCCGUCGACGCCAUCAUGUCUGUCCUGUCCGGCACGGGCAAGCCCCUCAUCCACACAUCUGGCGUGGGCGGCUAUGUGGAGACGGCUGACGGCUCUGCGGCGACCGAAGACGUUCCCAAACAGACGGGCGUGCCUCUUCUGGAUGCGCGCGGGCGCGCCGAGCGUAAUCUGCUGGACAGGGACGAUGUGCACGGGGCGCUGAUCCGGCUCGCGCCCUAUGUGUACGGAAACGGUGGUAGCGGGUUCCUGGUCAUAUGGAUGAGCGAGGCGCUCAGGCAUGGCGAGAGUCUGUAUGUGGAAGAUGGCGGCAACAAGGCGAAGAGCACGGUGCAUGUGGAAGAUGUUGCCGAGUUGUAUCUGCAGGCGAUUCAGUAUGCCGGCAAGGGUGAGAUCUACAAUGGCGUCUCGUCGGCCGAGACCACGGGGAAGCAGAUGGCGGAGGCGGUUGGUGAGGUCAUGGGCGUACCGACCAGGGCCGUGACGUUCGAAGAAGGAGUUGGCAAGUUUGGUCAGUUCUUGACAUUCUUCAAUGCCAUUGCAGCAAAUGUGUCCAGCCAGAAAGCAAGAGACCAACUACACUGGCAGCCUCAUGGUCCUGCGUUUCUAGAGGAUGUCAAGAACGGUUCAUACAAGGCGGUCGCGAAGGAAUUGAAGGACACCGGAAACACCAAGGUAGCUGCGGAGUGGGGAAUCGGCAAAUAG